AUGCCGGAACUUCGUCCGACUUUCGUGGUCAACUUCGACAUGUCCACCGUCAUCUGUCAGCACAGCCAAGAUCCCCAUGACCUACAUCUACACGAGAUUUCCGUGCUCUGCGAUGGAAGGACAGAUUGCUAUCAGAAUCCCGCCAUGCAUGAUGAGAGUUUUCCCUAUUGUGAAAGGAAAUGCGAUUCCACUUGCAACGGUCGGGGAGCCUGCCUUUUCGACGGUACCCACGCACAAUGCUUUUGUAAUCAAGGAUAUUCCGGCCCCGCAUGCGAAAUAAUUGAUACAAACGAAUGUGCAGCGAAUCCUUGCCACUGGCUGGCUCACUGCCAAAACACAGUCGGGUCUUUUGAGUGCCGAUGCUUUCCUGGAUUCCAAGGGGAUGGAUUUGAGUGUACAGAUAUCGAUGAAUGUCAAUUGCAUGGAGCGGACUGUCCCUCGAACUCAAAUUGUGUAAACCUACCGGGCACGCAUUUUUGCAAUUGCACAGAAGGUUACGUCCCAGUGGGAAAUCCGUUGGAAAUUUGCCAAGACGUUGAUGAAUGCGCCCGUGGUUCGUACACAUGUGACGAAAAAAACCUAUGCCAAAACACGGCCGGCAGCUACGUUUGUGUUAAUCAGUGCCAUGAUGGUUUUAUCGGAAAUGGCAGUAUCUGCAUUGAUCGCGACGAGUGCUCCGAAGGUUACAUUUGUGGUCCACGAGCCACCUGUAUGAACACUUAUGGUUCCCAUAAAUGUAUCUGCGACCCGGGAUUCAGCCUUCAAGAUAAUUUAUGCCAGCCUAUUAACCGAGACUGCAGUGUGGAUGACAGUAUCUGCGACCGCCAUGCUUUCUGUGUCAAAUCAUUGAAGAUGUGUGUCUGCCAGGCCGGAUACCAGGGCGAUGGAAUAUUUUGCGAAGACGUGGAUGAUUGUGAAACCGGAGCGGCCAAGUGCCUCGCUGACGAUGGACAACGAUGCCUAAAUGUUAUCGGAGGCUAUUUGUGCUGCAACAAAAAUACAGAUGAUGACCGCUGCAUUAAAGAACAAGGAGCGUUCUGUGCCGGAGGUUGCGGACACAAUGCUGUUUGCCGAAACGAAACCUGCGAAUGUGUGCCUGGCUUCCACGGCGAGCCAGUUCAUCAUUGCUAUGAUAUCAAUGAAUGUGAGCUUCCUAACCAAUGCAAGGGAGUUGGAGAAUCCUGUGUCAAUCUUGAGGGCGGCCACGUUUGCUGCAAACCAGAUGAGCAAAGUCCUCUAUGCCAACCGGCAUUGAGGCUAUCGGAAUCAAAUGAUGGAACACACGAAGAAACGUUCAUGAGAAACCAGGCUGCGUCUUCCGGAGGAUUUCGUCAGUCAUCCAGCGGUGGAGAAUCGAAUUUCGAAAGCGGAGGUUUUAUUUUUCAAAACAAGUUUGGAUUGGACUUCCCGACCGUGACGCUCAGCCCAGAAAACGAACUAUCGUGUGUCUCUUACUGCCCAGCCAAUUCAGAGUGUCUGAGCGGCGUAUGCAAAUGUUCUGCCGGAUAUGAAGGAAAUCCGAUUUUAGGAUGUGCCGAUAUAAAUGAAUGUGAUAAUGGCUCCGAUCCUUGUGGUACCGCGCAAAAUUCGUCAAUCUGGUGCACAAAUACGGAAGGCAGCUAUUAUUGCUGCGACAAUAGCAAGCCUGUGAGUGAGUGCCGAGGAUUGGAAUUGACGGCUGCUGGAUUUACGGAACCUGGUGGUAACCCGGAUCGAUCCGAUGUGAAACGAACACUCAUUAAAGCCGCAGGUGGAACUAGCGGCAGAUUGACCAACCUCACCGGAUCUGGAAAUCUCUCACAUCUGGAAAGAGGAGCUACUGAAAGUAUCGCCCAAAGGGGCGAGGUCGCAAGUCAGGGCCAGAAAUUCACAGAUGUUGAUGUCCACGACGGCGAUUUAUUGGUACCAGCUGACGGAGAAUUUGGAUUGGUCAUUACUGCUGAUGGUUUCCAUACAAAAGAACCGAAUGAAGCAUCUCUGUCGUCACCAACAGCUACUACACAUGCUACGACGAAAAUUUUGCGGCCCGUUUCAGAAACUUUUUCCACCACCGGACGGGUAUUCCAUUUCCCUGCUACAAUCGCAUCCGCCCAACAUGGCUCGGAAAAGGUGGCAGACGCAGGCAUCAGUCGUAACUUGGAACACAUCACUGGUGAAAAAGGUGAAUUUACCGAAACAGGCGGAACGAUCAAGACUCUGGCCGGGGGCACUAUCAUCGGCACCCCGAUCCACGUUGGACGGAACGAAACCGCGAAGGAGAAAUCGAUCGAAGAACUUGACCUUUUGCCGCAACCGGGAGAACUUGGCCUAGAAAUAUCCGUAACGAAAAGGCCCAAUGCUUCGGAAUCUACAACAGGGGGAAGCAAGACUCCUCAUAUCCAAUCCUUAUCAACGACGGUUGGCCACGCUGCUACAAACGCUAUGUCGACCGUCUCCCCUAACGUCAUCAUUGACUCAGGGGAGAUCGGUGAAGAAGCUGGAACGGACAACAAACUACCGAAUCGACUCACUGCGGGGUCUACCACCUCGAAAAUAACAACAACACGAGCAGCCUCCACGCUUGGGCCCGAAGAGACCACCCGUUCACCGUUAGGAACCGCUGCCCCCACAAGCUCGGCAAUUACGCCACAAGCAACGGUAGCUGCUCAUGGUUUAACCACCUCACCGAAGAACGCCGACACAACGCCCAUUCCGAAGCCAGAAAUAACAGCUGAAAAGCCUACAGCUACCACCAUUGAAUCCCCGUUAGCAACUGAUUCAUGGAAAGAGCCGAUCACGAAAAUGAAAUCUACGACGAAGCUAGUCGAUCACUCUGUGGAAACGUCCAUAACCAAUACAGCUGCACCAUCCGCUUCAAGCAUCCAGACCACAACCGAAGCAGGCUUGGAGAUCUCCCGGAACGAAACAGACCCCCGGAAAAAUACUAAGCCAGCAACCACGGGUGCAAACCGAACUGACCCAACUGUUACGUCGACGACGGUCAGCAUCAUAGCGUUUUCUCCAGGCUUGACCGCUAAGGAAAUUGCAACGACGAGCUUUGGUUUGGAAAUUAUAAAUGAGACGAAGCAGCCGAUCCCUUCUGAUGCUUCCACACGCAGGCCAGAAACUGCAAGCCGCCGAAUUACUGUUAAACCAGAUGGUACGGGUACUCCAAAGCAAGCAACGACCUUCGCAACUAUGGAAAACAGCCCAAGGAUUCUCACAAAGCCGACAGUCGUUCCAAACAAUACUCCAGUCUUCCUUCGGACCAGUUCUAUCCUUAAUCGAUCGUCCACCUCUACCCACACUGCGUCGGUUCCGAUUACAUCAACCUUCUCCACCAUCAUGACGACGCCAACAUUUACUAAAGCCCCUGCAGUGCCGCAAUCGCAGACGACGAAAGAAAUGGGGAAAGUCACGACGACAAAUAUAGCGAGCGCGAAUUUCGAAACGUCUGGAAGCCCACCAAUAGCCCCCGUGACCCACGCAAGUUUCGAGCCGGCGACCCCCGCUUCUGCUGUGCAGGCGUCCACCGGAGCUAUGGGACACAAAACCAAUAGCACCGAUGUGAAGAACUCAACCCCAACCUCUACCACUAUUCACACAGGCAAUACGACGUACCCGGACGCGGUAACGACGAAAAGCCAAACCGUCCUUCCAGCAAAAGAACAGCUGACAUCGACGACCUCCACUCCUGCGAUGUCCCCUAGUACGAGAGUGACCGCGAAGGCUACAAUAAUACCUCCAUCGGGAAACAAGUGUACGAGCAGUGACAAUUGUGGAAUAGACGCAUAUUGUGAGAGAAGCAGUGGCGCAUGUCGCUGUCAUCCAGGCUAUCAAGAAAGCCCGAUCUAUCGAAAGUGUGUGGAUAUUGAUGAAUGUUCCGAUGGCACCCACGAUUGCGACCCUAGCGCGAAAUGCCACAACUUUAUUGGAGGCUUCAAAUGCUUCUGUGGUGUCGGUUUCCGCCAAAAGCCGAACGGAUCUUGUGAAGACAUCGACGAAUGUAGUGGAUCGGCGGGUGGCUGUUGCAGCGGCAAUGCUACUUGUAUCAAUCUGCCUGGAAGCUAUGAUUGCAAAUGCAACAGCGGUUUUACAGGCGACGGGUACAAAUGUAUGGAAGUUGAAAAGCGUCUUUGCAAUGAUGAAGAAUUCCGGCUAUCGAAUUGCGGAAAAAACCACAUCUGCACCAAGGAUUCAAAGGGUGUCCAUGACUGUCGUGAAUGCAGCGUCGGUUUUGAAAUGCACGGGUCAGAAUGUGUCGAUGUCAACGAAUGCGAAGAUAAAAACCUGAAUCUGUGCGAUCCCGAAGCGCAAUGUGAAAAUCGCGCCGGUAGCUACAACUGCCAAUGCAAAGGCGGCUACAUGGGAGACGGUUUCAAAUGCGAAGACAUUGAUGAAUGUCGACUUAAUCCUUGUCACCAAAACGCACAGUGCCAGAACACAAUGGGUUCUUUUGAAUGCAUCUGUCCAGCCGGAUGGCUUGGUGAUGGCAAGAAAUCGUGUGUGGAUCCUACAAAGAAUGAAUGCGAAGAUUUGGCGGCAACCUGUGGAACAACCGAACAUAUCUCGUGCGUCAGAGCGCGUCUGCACAAUGGAAGUGUUGAGAACAUUUGCGAGUGUGAGCCGAACUUUCGUUGGAAUACGGUGACUAAAAAGUGCGAAGAUAUUGAUGAAUGUGCGGAAAAUCGGCACGAUUGCGACCCUUCAAACUCUCAUUGCAUAAACUACGAAGGUGGCUUUGAAUGCCGUUGCAUGGAAGGUUACGCAGGACAUGGUGGCAUUUGCGUUGAUGUUGACGAGUGUAAGCUAGGCACUGCGGGAUGUCAUCGAAUGGCUAUGUGCAUCAAUCGUGUUGGCAGCUGCGGUUGUAAAUGCAUGACUGGAAUGACUGGAGAUGGAACUCACUGCGAAGACAACAUUACUUCCACGGUUAUGGCCACAAUCGCCUCAGUUACUUCAAAAACGACUGUAACCGAAUCGGUCGGACCUACCACCGAUGCGAACCAUAUCGAACCCAGGACAAAUCUGAAAGACACGACCACUACAGUGCCAGGAAACAAUGCGGAAACACUUGAAUGCUCAGAGAAUUGGGUACGGAACUGUCGCUUGGAGAACAAAAAAUGUCAUGUCGAUGAUGAAGAAAUGCCACAGUGUGGCUCUUGCAUCAAUGGUUAUCAGCCAAUUAACGGACUAUGCAAACCCAUAUACAGCGAAGGCGGAUGCCAACCAAAUUCAUGCGAUCCACACGCCGAUUGUACCGAGGUUUCACCAGGGCAUCACUGGUGCCAAUGCCAGAUUGGAUAUAUUGGGGAUGGGCGAAAGUGUGAUGAUGUCGAUGAAUGUAGUGUACCAAAUGUCUGCUCACCCCUGGCACAUUGUUUGAACAAGAAGGGUUCCUUUGAUUGCAUUUGUCCGGUCGGGUUCACGGGAAAUGGCUUCGUCUGCACGCCAAUUGUUUCAACUGAGGAUAAAGUGAUCUUACCGCAAGUCACUGUGACUCGACCUGAAAGCGGAAGCACCCGACAGGGCUCGGCCACCUCCGCGAGACCAAGCAACGAGCAUCUACCGCCACAACAAGUUACCCCAGCGACCCCUAUUCGAUCUCCAACAACGACAACAGCUCCCGGAAAUUACGAAUAUGGAUGCGUUACCCCGACCCUAAGACAAGGCAAUAACGGGCACAACGAAAGGCCAACAGCACUAGGAGUCAUUUCUGGUGCGAAGCGGUGCACGGCAGAUGAUCGCUCGGCAUGCCAUUCAUUGGCCUUAUGCGAAACCGAAGGAAUUUGCCGGUGCAAAGAUGGAUAUGAAGGAGACGGAUACAACAGCUGCACAAAGAUUCCAACAAACGAUUGUGUUGAUGACCCUACAAUCUGUGAUUUCCGCGGAGAAUGCAAUCCGACGAAGCGGCGCUGCGAAUGCCAACUAGGCUAUAUUGGUGACGGCCUAAUUUGCGCCCCGGAUCCGCUGGAUUGUCAUGUUCGCCAUGAACUCUGCAGUCUCGAGGCCGAAUGCCGGGGCCGAAGAUGUCAAUGCCUGCACGGUUAUACGGGAGAUGGCAUUACAUGCGUUUCCUUAAGCAAUAGGGUCUCCAACGCUUCCGAGUGCGCCGAAAACGCUCAUUUUAAUGGAGCUUACUGUCAGUGCAAUGUUGGGUAUCUUGGGAACGGUGAAUGUUGUGUCGCUGACCCUAGGGAUUGCCAACACUUCCCUGGUACAUGUCAUGCGGAUGCUUUUUGUAACAAGGAUGAGCGGACAUGCAAAUGCAACCAUGGAUUCCUCGGAAAUGGCUUAUCAUGCUACCCGAUGCGCUCGUGUCGUUCAAAUCGAAACAUCUGCCAUCGUGAAGCAAUCUGUCUCCCGGACGGGCGAUGCAUGUGUAAGGAUGGCUAUGAUGGUGACGGUCAUGAAUGCGUGCGGCGUGGUUUCACCGGGCUGCGGGACAAUACGCUCCCGGAUGUGCCGACGGCCUGUGGCAACAAAUGCAAUGCUCAUUCAGAACUUUGCAUUAAUGCAAAAUGCGAAUGCAAACACGGCUUUGAAAUGAUCGGCAGCACUUGCCAAGAUAUGGACGAAUGCGUGCUGGACAGGCCAUGUCAUCAAUUAGCAACCUGCAAAAACGUGGAGGGAUCCUACGAAUGCAUGUGUCCCGAUGGUUAUCAUGGAGAUGGAAAACAUUGCGUGGAAAAUGUCAAGCUCGGGCAGCUACAAGUUCUCUGCGAGCGGGGGCAGAUGACGUUGCUCCUCGAGAACCGUACGGAGCUCAAUGAUGGCCGAAUCUUUGUCCGUGGCCAAGCAGAGAAUCCUCAUUGCACCAAGCAGUUUACGGCUUUCAAGAGCGAGUCAAAGCCUUAUCGCUUUUCUAUCCCAUUUGAGCAUUGCAAUGUUCGACUGGAACAGCAGAAUACUGUGGCUGCAACUGUAGUCGUGCAAAAACAUCCUAUGUUUAUCACGGCGGCAUCAGAUGCAUACGAUUUGCGAUGUACCUAUCCUCUUGAAGCGAAAGAGGUUGAAUCACAUGUAAACAUCUCGGACCUGGCCCCAACGCUCACACUCAGUGAUCAAGCUUCCGGCCCGAUUUGCAGUCUUAUUGUCACAAAUGAACAACAGGAGGCAGUAAACAGUGCCAUGGUCGGCCAAAGUUUGAAGCUGACGCUCAAAGUGGAACCGAGUGAAAAUUACGCCAUUUUACCAAAGAACUGCUUUGCAAUUAACAUCGAAACCGGUGAUCGCUAUUCUCUGACGGAUAGCAUGGGCUGCGCCAUCGACGAAGAAUUAUUCCCGGAAUGGUCGCAUAUCUCCAGCGCUCAAACCUACGCAUUUUUCCGUACUUUCAAAUGGCCAGAUAGUUCCAUGAUCCGAUUCCAGUGUGACUGUUCGGCAUGUGUUGGUAAAUGCCCGUCGAUUAACUGCGCGAGGAGAAGGACGCUAGCACAAAAGUUAUUCCGAUUCAGAAGGGCUCCAUCACAUGACCAGCAAGAUGUCAUCGAGGAAAACGCUCUACUGGUACAGACGGCCUUGGAAAAUAGCGAGGAGCGCGAUUUGUCCCAAAAACUUAUCAUUUCACCUAUGGUCGCCUUUUCUAAGCUUGUAGCCGUUCAUGAGGAUGUUGCCCCACUACCAACCAGCCAAAAUGGGUCCCAACCUCAAGGACCGCCAGAUGUUCUCACCGAGCAGAUGUGGUCGAUCUGCUUUGAUGACCGCGACGGAACUUCCAAUGCUUCCGGCUUUGAUCGGAAUAUGGCCAUAUGGACACAACGGGCCGAGGAGGCCAAAACAAGGAAUUUGGAAAAAAUGAAAAGACAACGCGAUAAGGAGAAAGAAGAAAUUAAAGCUUUGCAUAAGAGAUACGUCGAGGAGCGUUUAAGGAAAGAGGCUGAAAAACCAGCACCUGUGGCGGUCGGCCAAAAAAGCGUCCAACCGUCUACAAAAAACAGUCGAGUUGAUGAUUUGUCGAGCACCGAUUGGAGACAGCCGAUGACUCGCAUGGGUGCCCUAGUUUCCAACGCACCAACCAAUAAUGGUCCAUAUCUCAAUCAACCGAGUCCAUAUCCUCCCUUUAUUCAGGCUUACCCACCUACAUACCAACAAAAUGUUUGCUUUAACGAUGCAUACCCGCAACACGGAUUUGCUUCUAUGCCUGGUGCGCAGAACAGCAAUUGGACUAUGUCUUGUAUCGAACCGAAAAAAGGGUUCAGCCAAGUAUCGGAAAUGGAAAUGCCGACAACGUCUUCACGUCAGCAACCUACUGUAAACCAAGGGAUAAAUAAAAUGAACGAUUCGGCGCGGCCUAUGAAUAACCAUUUUGGUUCAAGUGUUAAUUUCAUAAACGAAGAUUUGAAUCAAGGCCGGCUUCUUGAUAUGGGUGCUGCUGAUCCUGAAGGAGCUCAUGUCGCCCGCUUUCCUUGCCCAUUACAACCUACACAAACGAUCCCCUAUGCUCAACGCCACGACAACGCAACGAUGACUGAUUAUGAAAAUGUAGGAGCCAAUGCAUUGCCUGCACAUCCCAAUUGCAUCAACCCCGUUCCCGUCCAUCCAUUUUAUCCCGCCCCUCGCGCAUUUGUGCCUCCAGGCUACCCGCAGAUGGGAGAAGCAACAAUGGUUCGCUCUGCAUAUCCUUGCGGAAUUUAUCAAAUGCCA